GCCCCGCCUUACGCAUGUUUGCUUCGUCCUUCAGGGCCCCAGCAAGUCCAGCCCCGUCCAGGUGUGGCCUGGCGACGUCUGCGGGCAAAGGAGCGGCAUCCGGAACCUGGGCCUGGCCCCAGGGCAGCCUCUGGGGAGCCUCAGGCUUGGCCCUGCCCUGGGGUGGCAGUCCGCCCCCUCUCGGCUGGCCACCCACCCUGCCCAGGUACCCCUGCUUUGGCAUCACCAGGGAUCAGAUUCUCCUGACCCACACCCCUGCGCCCGCCCAUCGCCCUCAGCCCCUGGGGGUCCCCUGGCCAGCAUGGUCCAGCCGCAGACAGCCAAGGCCGAGAGCAGCGCAACAGCAGCAGCAGCGUCCGCAAACGCGCAGAUGGAUGACGUGAUCGACACCCUGACCUCCCUGCGCCUCACCAACUCUGCGCUGCGACGGGAGGCCUCCACCCUGCGGGCGGAGAAGGCCAACCUCACCAACAUGCUGGACAGUGUGAUGGCCGAGCUGACGGUGCUGCGCACCAGGGCGCGCAUCCCCGGCGCCCUGCAGAUCACCCCGCCGGUCUCUGCCAUUUCCUCCAACGGGACUCGGCCGAUGACCACACCGCCAACCUCUCUGCCCGAGCCCUUUUCCGGAGACCCUGGCCAGUUGGCGGGGUUCUUGAUGCAAAUGGACAGGUUCAUGAUCUUCCAGGCCUCCCGUUUUCCGGGCGAGGCCGAGCGGGUGGCCUUCCUAGUGUCCCGACUGACUGGGGAGGCAGAGCAGUGGGCCAUCCCCCACAUGCAGCCCGACAGCCCCCUGCGAAAUAAUUAUCAGGGCUUCCUGGCAGAACUGCGGAGAACCUACAAGUCUCCACUGCGGCAUGCGCGGCGCGCCCAGAUCCGGAAGACUUCCGCCACUAACAGGGCAGGGCGGGAAAGGCAGAUGCUGGGCCGCCAGCGCGCAGGCUCCAGCACAGCAUCCUGCCCGGUGCAUCCAGCCUCAAGCGGGACUAGUCCCGCUCCGGCCCUGCCCACCCGAGCUCGGAACCUUUAAGAGCAAGCCAGCACUGUGUUAGCGUCUCUAGCCAUCCAGGCAGCACAGGUCUUUGCAGUGUAGAAGAGAGGCCGGUAGCCAACAUGACCCCCGUUUGAAGAAGUCCCUUCCAGCCUGUUCAGACACCAUACACAAGGAGAUCCUUCUCUCUGGGAUGCCCUGGUGACCACUUACUGUGCUUCCUGGUGUCGUCAAGUGCUGACUUUGUACCUGCAGCUCACGCAUGCUCCCUCUCCCUUGCUUGCAACCCCAGCUGUUCAAAUGACUUCAACUGCUGCCCAGGCUCUGGGACCCACAGCGCACUUUCCAUAGUUGGGCUGUCCCACCCCCUGCAAGCUUGAUUCUGUUAGUGGACACUCCUAUUCCACCCCCUGCAGACUCUCCUUUGGUUGCUCUGUUCUCACUCAUGAGCUCUGGACAGAAAGCCAUGUGAACCAGGCUGGUGGCACCUGUGUACCCCGAGGGCAGGUCUGGCUUCCUGUCCAUGGAUGCCCACCAGCUAGGCCAGGGCGCAGUGUCGCAGACAGGGGUCUCCUUCCUGCUAGGAGAGUAGUUGUGGCAUUUCUGAGGGCAGGUUUCACUCUGCAGCCUGUGUGCCCAUUGCUGUCCUUGGGAAGUGUGGUAUCACAACUAAAGGGAGGAUGAGGAUGUUGCUCCCGUGUGGUUGGCUCUAGCUGCUUCUGUUCUGCCCACACCAGGAACUGGGGAUCUGGAACUUGCCUGCUAAAUAAAAUAAGGUCAUGGUGGACCCUGGA